AUGCCACACGAUACGGUUUACGGAUUUCCGCCCGAGGCAUUUGACACAUCGCGUCUCCCUGACAUCGAUCGGGAGUUUCUCGAGCCGCAUGAGAUAGAGGCCUUCGAAAAGGCCCUCCAGGCGCCUGACCCAUUGCACAGCCCGGCUGACGACGCGGGCGAACUCAGGUCACCCCGGAGCGGCGCCGGCACCGUCACUCUCACGAAGCGAAACUCGCAAGUCCUGGACGAUGUGGACGAGGGCGACAAUGCAGACGCAAUUGCCGCCGCGGCCGCAGCCGCUGGAGGUGAUCUCCCCGAGCCGACGGGCACACCGGCCCAGGGAACCUUCUUCACAGCCCAGAACGACUGGGCGCCCGUAAACUCAUCCUUGUACAGGCGUCGCAGAUCGUCCAAGAAACUCAGACAUCGGAAAGGCGCUGGGAAAGCUGUCCAAGGGCUGCUCGGCACCCGAACCAAGGAUGAGACCAGGGAGGGCUACCUUUACCAACUGUCCAAGUGGCCGCUGUUAUUGUUUGUGUUUGCGUGGCUGACGGGCCUGGCAAUUGCGUACCUCUCGACGAGAUGGUACAUUUGGGUGUACGAGCAUUUCUUUGCCUGGCGUGGCCGACGAGAGACACUUAGGAGGAACAUGCGCCGGGCCUCGACCUACACGGAGUGGGUUGCGGCCGCCAGGGAGUUGGACGCGUUUCUGGGGCGGCAGAGUUGGAGGGAGGAGAAUGAAUUCGCCUACUACGAUUCGAAGACGGUCAAGCGCGUGUGGGAUCAGUUGAAGAAGCUGAGGACCAAGGCCGAGGCACAGGAGGCCAGGGGUGCGCGGCCGAAUGGCGAGCACAAGACCGCCGUGGAGGAUCUCAAAGCCUUGGUGGAAGCGUGCGUCAAGAACAACUUUGUUGGCGUGGAGAAUGCAAGGCUGUACAGCCAGACGUACUACGGGACAAAGAACCUGGUGCAGAACUUCAUCGACGAAGUGGAGAGGAGCAUCAAGCUGCUGCUGCGAACCAAGCAGUUGGGGACCGAGGAGAAGCGCCUGCUCUUCAAGCACGCCUAUGCAAACUACGGCCGUACCGCGCUGUGUCUCUCGGGGGGUGCCGGCUUCGCCUAUUACCACCUGGGUCUGGUCAGGGCGUUGCUGGACGCGGAUCUGCUCCCGGACGUCAUCACAGGCACGAGCGGCGGCGCCCUCAUAGCAGGGCUCGUGGCCACGAGGACAAACGACGAGCUCGAGAAGCUUCUGGUCCCGGCGCUGUCGCAGCGCAUCAAUGCCUGCCGCGAGCCGGCGACGGUCUGGCUGCCGAGGUGGUGGAAGACGGGGGCGCGCUUCGACUCUGUCGACUGGGCCCGACGAUGCAGCUGGUGGACUCGAGGCUCGAUGACGUUCCGGGAGGCGUACGAGCGGACCGGCCGCAUUCUCAACGUCACCUGCGUCCCUGCAGACCCUCACUCUCCCACCAUUCUGUGCAACUACCUCACCUCGCCCGACUGUGUCAUCUGGUCCGCGGUCCUCGCGUCCGCCGCCGUCCCGGGCAUCCUCAACCCCGUGGUCCUCAUGAUGAAGCUCCGGGACGGCACGCUCGCGCCCUACUCGUUCGGCCACAAAUGGAAAGACGGUUCUCUGCGGACCGACAUCCCCAUCAAGGCGCUCAACACCCACUUCAACGUAAACUUCACCAUUGUCAGCCAGGUCAAUCCCCACAUCAACCUGUUCUUCUUCUCGUCCCGUGGCUCUGUAGGCCACCCAGUGACUCACCGCAAGGGCCGCGGGUGGCGCGGCGGCUAUCUCAUGUCCGCCUUCGAGCACUACCUCAAACUCGACAUGAACAAGUGGUUGAAGUUUGUGCGCCACGCAGAACUCCUCCCCCGUCCCCUGGGCCAAGAUUGGAGCCAGCUGUGGCUACAGGAAUUCAGCGGCACAGUCACCAUUUGGCCAAAGUCUGUCCCGAGCGACUUUUACUACUUACUGUCGGACCCCGACCCCAGCAGGCUUGCACGGAUGCUGCACCAGGGACAGCAGAGCGCGUUCCCCAUGUUGAAGUUUGUGGCGAACAGGCUGAAGAUUGAGCGGCUGGUGGAACAGGGGAGGAGGGAGACCAGGCCGUGGGCGAGGAGAGGCAGUCUUCAAGCCGUCAUCAGUGAGGAGGAUCUGAGGAGUUUGCUGGUCGGGGAGACGGCGGGGGUGACGACGGAGGAGGAUACGGACGCGGAUGGGGAGGAGGCCAUUACUUUGACUGCUGUGGAGGAAUAG